CAGUUAUUCCAUCUUCCCGAUGGCUUCUUCCUUUUCUCAGCUUUCAAACACCCUCUCAAACCUCUGUUAGUUCUCUUACCAUCCUCAAAAUGAUGGCUUCUUUACAGCCUUCAUGGUUCUCUUCAUUGAAACUCAUCUCCCCUGCAAAACCCUCUCUUCUCCUCUCCUCCCCCUAUAAGCCCAUAAAAGUUUUCUGUGCUCUUAACCCUGAAAAUGUUGAAUCUUCCGAAACCACGCCCGAAUCUCAGCCCGAACCGGUUGACCCUGUGAAGCUCGCUUUCAGCAAAGCCAAGGCGUACAGAGAAUCGCUGAAAUCGAACUCUGAUUUGAAAGUUGAGCAAAACAUUGCUGCGAGUUCGGUUGAAAAAUCAAACGGGAAUGACGGGUUGAGUUCGGGUCAGAAUGUUGUUGAUGAUUCUGGGCAGAAGGAAGUGCCACCGUCUCUGAAGAUCGCAAUGGAGAAAGCCGAGAAGUAUAGGGAGAAUAAAGGGGGCGUGGUUGAUGAAACGGGUCAAGGAUUGCAGGGAGGGAAUGAAGGGUCUUCAAGAAGUAAUAUUGUGGAUAAUAGUGUUGGUAAGAAGGGACAACUGUCAGUUUCGAAAAUGGAUUUCAUGGGACUUGAAUUUGCGGAUAAGAAAAAUACGAGGGGACUGCCACCUGGAUUGGUUCCAAUUUCUGACUCUUUCUCAAGAAGUGAUAUGCCUGAGGUGGAGCUGAUUGUUGGGGACACGAGCAAGUUUGAUGCUGCAACAACAGCUCCCAAGCCUGAGCAAACUGGGGAAGAUGAAUCAGACCUUUACAAGCCACAAGUUUCUACUUGGGGUGUCUUUCCUAGACCCAGCAAUAUUUCAAAAACAUACGGCGGAGGAAGAGUGAUACGUCCUGGGGAUGCGCUAGAGACUGAAGAUGAAAAAUCUGCUAAAGAAGAACGAACAAGACAAUUACUUGCGGCCUACAAGAAGGAAAUUGGGUUAAAUAUUGAUCCAAAAAUAAAAUCUGAGUGUGAGGACGCGUUGAAGGAAGGUGACUCAUUAAUGAAUGCUGGAAAGCUGAGAGAAUCAUUGCCGUUCUAUGAAAAGGUUAUGGAGAAAUUAACUUUUAAGAGUGAGCUGCAUGGAUUGGCUGCUUUGCAGUGGUCAAUUUGUCAAGACUCCCUCAGCAGGUCCAAUGAAGCUCGACUUAUGUAUGAGAAACUCCAAUCUCACCCAAAUCCUAAAGUGAGCAAGAAAGCAAGACAGUUCGUGUUCAGCUUUCAGGCUAUGGAAAUGAUGAAGGUGACAACAGGAUCUCCAUUUUCAUGGAACACAGGCUACCAGAAUUAUUUUGACGCUUUCAUAGAAAGCAAGUCUAACUACCCUUUACAAGAAGACCUCAAUGUGCAAGAAAGGGCACUUAAUCAAGUUCUGCCCUAUCUUCUCUUUCUUAUUUCUCCUAUCUUCAUGGUAAUAUUUGUUGCCUUGCAGAAGAGAAUAUAAACUGUCUUUUUUUUUUUGUAUAGACAACUUCUCUAUUGUAUAUAUAUGUCACACGCACACCAUGUCUUGUUUCAUAGUUGUGAGGUUCCAGGGAAAGGAGAAUCGGUGUAGUAUUCAUUUGUAUCACUGCCUUAUAGAUACAUUUAAUAAAUACUGUUAACCCACAUCUGUACAAAAAAAUACAGCUGAUGCUUGCAGCUACUUAUUACUAUACAUAACUACCUCUGUCACCUACUCCCUAUAAUAGUUUUGGUGCUGUUA